UUUGGGUAAUGGGCAGCCUGUGAGGACGGAGCGGGGCAGCGACCGCGGCCGAGGCAGGAGCGAGGAGGCCGGGCGGGGGUCGCUGAUCGGGCCCCGGGCCGCCAGAUUAACACUAAAGCCCCACAAUGUCCUUGAAACCACGAGUAGUUGACUUUGAUGAAACAUGGAACAAACUUCUAACGACGAUUAAAGCUGUUGUUAUGUUGGAUUAUGUUGAAAGAGCAACGUGGAAUGAUCGCUUCUCAGACAUUUAUGCUUUGUGUGUGGCCUAUCCUGAACCUCUUGGAGAGAGACUUUAUACUGAGACUAAAAUUUUUUUGGAAAAUCACGUACGCCAUUUGCACAAGAGAGUUCUGGAAGCUGAAGAACAAGUACUGGUUAUGUAUCACAGAUACUGGGAAGAGUAUAGCAAAGGGGCAGACUAUAUGGACUGUUUAUACAGGUACCUCAACACACAGUUUAUUAAGAAGAACAAAUUGACUGAAGCUGAUCUUCAGUAUGGCUAUGGAGGGGUGGAUAUGAAUGAACCUUUGAUGGAAAUUGGAGAGCUAGCUCUUGAUAUGUGGAGAAAAUUAAUGAUUGAGCCACUGCAGGCCAUCCUUAUUCGGAUGCUCCUCCGAGAAAUAAAAAACCCAAGCACUCCUCCUACAAGGCAAGCUGAAUAUCAACUUAAGCAUUUUUGUUCCAACACAAAAGGAAGCCGACAAGAUCUUGAAUUUGAUCGCUGUGGAGAAGACCCAAACCAGAAAGUAAUCCAUGGGGUUAUUAACUCCUUUGUUCAUGUUGAACAGUAUAAGAAAAAAUUCCCCCUAAAGUUUUAUCAGGAAAUUUUUGAGUGUCCUUUUCUGAAUGAAACAGGGGAGUAUUAUAAACAAGAAGCUUCAAAUUUAUUGCAAGAGUCAAAUUGCUCACAGUACAUGGAGAAGGUUUUAGGUAGAUUAAAAGAUGAAGAAAUGAGGUGUCGGAAAUACUUGCAUCCCAGCUCAUAUGGCAAAGUGAUUCAUGAAUGCCAGCAGAGGAUGGUAGCUGAUCACUUGCAGUUUCUACAUGCAGAAUGUCACAAUAUUAUCAGACAAGAGAAAAGAAGUGACAUGGCAAAUAUGUAUACUCUGCUUCGUGCUGUGUCAAGUGGUUUACCUCAUAUGAUUCAGGAACUACAAAACCAUAUCCAUGAUGAGGGCCUUAGAGCAACCAGCAAUCUUUCUCAGGAAAAUAUGCCAACUCAGUUUGUGGAGUCAGUUUUGGAAGUACAUAGUAAAUUUGUGCAACUCAUCAACACUGUUUUGAAUGGUGAUCAACACUUUAUGAGUGCCCUUGACAAGGCUUUGACAUCAGUAGUUAACUAUAGGGAGCCCAAGUCGAUCUGCAAAGCACCUGAGUUGCUGGCCAAGUACUGUGACAACUUGUUGAAGAAAUCAGCAAAAGGAAUGACAGAGAAUGAAGUAGAAGACAAACUUACAAGUUUCAUUACUGUUUUCAAAUACAUUGAUGACAAAGAUGUAUUCCAAAAGUUCUAUGCCAGAAUGUUGGCAAAAAGAUUAAUUCAUGGUUUGUCUAUGUCUAUGGAUUCUGAAGAAGCCAUGAUAAAUAAACUAAAGCAAGCCUGUGGUUAUGAAUUUACCAGCAAGCUCCACCGAAUGUAUACAGACAUGAGUGUUAGUGCUGAUCUCAACAAUAAAUUCAACAACUUUAUCAAAAACCAGGACACGAUUAUAGAUUUGGGAAUUAGCUUUCAGAUAUAUGUUCUACAGGCUGGUGCAUGGCCUCUAACUCAGGCUCCUUCUUCUACAUUUGCAAUUCCUCAGGAACUGGAAAAAAGUGUACAGAUGUUUGAAUUAUUUUACAGUCAGCAUUUUAGUGGAAGGAAGCUUACUUGGUUACAUUAUCUUUGUACAGGUGAAGUAAAAAUGAACUAUUUGUGCAAACCUUAUGUAGCCAUGGUCACAACAUACCAAAUGGCAGUGUUGCUUGCCUUCAACAACAGUGAGACUGUCAGUUACAAGGAGCUUCAGGACAGCACACAAAUGAAUGAGAAGGAACUGACAAAAACCAUCAAAUCUUUGCUUGAUGUCAAAAUGAUAAACCAUGACUCAGACAAGGAAGACAUAGAGACAGAGUCUACGUUUUCAUUAAAUAUGAACUUCAGCAGUAAACGAACAAAAUUUAAAAUUACAACAUCAAUGCAGAAAGACACACCACAGGAGAUGGAGCAGACCAGAAGUGCUGUAGAUGAAGACAGAAAAAUGUAUCUCCAAGCUGCUAUAGUCCGUAUCAUGAAAGCACGUAAGGUGUUGCGACAUAAUGCUCUAAUUCAGGAGGUAAUCAGCCAAUCAAGAGCUAGGUUUAACCCAAGUAUCAGCAUGAUUAAGAAGUGUAUUGAAGUUCUGAUAGACAAACAGUACAUAGAGCGAAGCCAGGCCUCUGCAGACGAAUACAGUUAUGUAGCAUGAUGUUGCUAUCCUGCAGGUAUGAUUGUAAGGAGAUCAUUGCUGUCACUGUUUGGUGUGUUCCUGUGGGAAGAGGCAGGCCUGUGCCUCCAUAAUUGGUCACUUGGCAGCCCCUGUUUUUCUGCUGUUUACAACAUCACCAGUGCCAUGUCAUGAGCGUCAAUGAAAAUGCCUAUAGAUAUUUCAAGCUCAUGUCAUUAUGACAUUUCUUAAAACUUUACUAAAAGAAUGAGUGAAGUAUUGCUGAAAUGUGAUGAAUUGGUUGGGUACCAUGCUUUUUUUUUUUUUCCCCCUCCCCUUUCACGUUUGCAGUUGAUGUUUUUUAAUGUAUCUUAAGACAAAGUAAAAAAAAAAAAAUCACACAAAAAACCUAAAUAUUGUAAUAUGACAGAUAACCUAAUAAUUGUAUCUACAUUAAAAUGUAAAAAAAAAUGACGAACAUGAUACUGCUGCUUGUCAAAUAAAAAAAUAAAGUUAUAUAAUGUGUCUCGAAUGAUUGUAGAGCUGGAUAUAGCAUUAAUGUCUGUAAAUAUUAUUCAGGCCUGAAGAGUAAAAAUAAUGUUAUGUGUUUGGGUUUUGGAUAACCUCAGAAGUAGAUCUGACGUAAGAACUAAUUUAUAUAAAACUGAAUACCAGGUAUGUCAUGUUUGAUGUGAUUAUAAAAAAAAUAUUUAUGGUUAA